CUUAUUUUAGUAUUAUAAUAUUCAUAUUUACAUAAAAGAAUCCAUUAUAUAUAUUUACAAAAUUAUAUAAAUUAUAGUUAAAAUGGCGGCAAAUACGUUAACUUGCCCCAAUAUUUGUCCAAAUGUUGAUAGAGUUGUCGAAAAUACUCCGGAGUAUCUGGUAGGGGGAAUGUCUAGUGGAUCAGAAAAUCCUUUUGCUUCCCCUUAUGUCCCUGGUUUGAUACAACCACCCGAGAAGAAAAUCUAUCCUCCUGGAGCACCGCCGCGAUAUCUUCCACAACCAACGGACAGUACAAGCGGCGAUAUACUGGGCAUGGGACCUGUAGGACCCUGGGCAUCUGGACACUUAGACUGGACACCGCAAGCUGGAACAACUGGUGUCAGACCUGUUGUAGACAAAUAUUCUAUCACUAGGUACUCUACAGGCGAAUGGAGAAAGUACAAUGAAUUUAUUUUAACUCCAAGAGCCACAGAUAAGGCUAAAGCAACAGAUGUUAACACCCGAAAAGAUGUCGCAAAUGCUUUCAUGAAACUGGAUAACAAGCAGGCUGAUACAAAUAAACAGUUAGAAAAACGUUUGAAAGAUCUUUCUUAUUGGAAAAAUCAAGUAGAAGAUACUCUUAAAGCUAUCACUGAAGAGAUUCAUAUUUUGGAUGAAGAUCGAACGCGGCUUAAAGGAGCAUGUAGGAUUCUAAAUAUGCCUGAGGCUAUAUCUAGAGAAUGUUUAGAACUCCGAACUAAUAGAUAUGAACCAGAUUUAGUUAGAGAUGAUGCUGAACAAGAACUAAUAAAGGAGGUGGCAAUAGUUGGGGAAAUACGAAGAGUUUUUAAUAACACCCUCGCGAAAGUUGAAGAACAAAUGGCUAUGAAUAAAGCUGCCAAAACUAGUAUCGAGUUUGACUGGAGUGAUAAAAUGGUUAGCCUGAAAGGGGAUCGACAAAACUUAAACUUAACACCAGAAUCAAAUUUAUUACUGUACCACCCUGGAGUAGCUAGAUGGCCAGAAAAUGCUACAACUUUAGAAUAUUGGGAACACUUCUGCAGUGAGAGUAUACAAAACUGUGAUGUGAUUAGAAAAAUGUCAGAAAACCUACGUAGAGAUUUAUCGACAAUUAUUACAAAUGGUAGUCAAGAUAUGAAACUACAAGCAGAAAGAACGAACUAUGCUUUGGCAGAAACUGUAUCAGCAACGGAAGAAUUGUGUAAAAAAUUGGAAGAAAACUUAAAGGAUAAUUUACAAAAGAUAGCUGAUAUUGAAAACUUAAUUGAUUAUCUCAAAGAUAGUUUAAGAAAAGUUGACGAGAGAGCAAAGUUGGCAAUGACAAGACUACACGUCCGAAAUUAUGACAGACCGAAUGUAGAAAAUUGCAGAGAUGAAGCACAAUACGCUUUGAUAGCUGAAGCAAAGUUUAUUAAAGAAACUAGCGAGUCAUUGUGUGAGAAAAUAAGAGAAGCAGAAACUGUUAGGUCUGAACUAUUGAAAUAUCGAGGGGAUUUGGAGAAAGAAAUAGCUUGUAAACGAAAAAGUCUCAAUAUAGAUCAAGACAGAUUAGCUAGGGUUCGCGCGCAUAUGCCUACUCCCGAAGAAUUUGCAGCAGGAUAAAUAAGAUAGAUACAACAUUUAAGAUUUUAGAUAAAUAUGACGUGUAAAUUUCUGUCUAUGAAUAAAAUUCAGGGUAAUGAAAUUCAUCAUACAAAGUCCCCAAUUUGAAAAGUAAUAUCCUAAUAUAAUACAUUCUAAGAUUGUGAGGAUGGAUGGAUGAUGUAUAUUUAUUACUUGUACACGCGAAAACUCUAGGAUUCCAAUGAAAUUUAUAUUUAUUUUCAAGCUAAGAUCUUGUGUUAUGGGCAGUAGGAACAGUUUCCUAGUGAUAUUAAAACUGAAAUACAUUUUCUUUUACAUACAUAGAAAACACACAGAUCAACAUAAACAAUCAUACUUAUGAAUACAAAAAUUUGCAUCGUGUGCGAGGAUUCGUACCCGGAACCAUCGUCAAUACGGUGGGGUGCUAAACUUCUAGACCACCGAGGCCGUCGUCUAUCUAUUGAGCCUUUCUGAAAUUAUUAG